AGUCUUCUCGGGGUUAAGAGAGGGAUUAAAACUCUGUAGAUCAUUGGAUAUUUCGCGGUUAGUGGUAGAGAUGGAUUCCAUGAUGGCCAUCCAGUUGGUGAAGGGAAGAGGAAAUUUAAGUGAUCUCAUUGCAACAAUUGUGCUCGCUAUCAGACUUUCUCCUCCGUGGGGGCAAUGCGGCGACAGAGUAUCUCCUCAUGGGACUACCUUGCUACACUCCCUUCCUUUGGGAGGAACAGGUGGGAUAAGGGGCAGGGAUGAUGGAACCUCUGCUUUGAAGAAUGCAGAAACUACUUUGGACUUGGAUUUGCCUGAUGCAUGUCCGGACAUUGGGCGGUGGGAUUCUACGCCUACACUUGUGGGAAAGAGAAAAGGUGGGACAAGACAUGGACUGCAGAGCAUUUGGAUGACUCAAAGUGGUGAAGCAGAUGAUCGGAAAAACUACAAGCAGCUAGUUGAGACAACUGUUGAGAUUGCAAACAAAGUUGGUGUUGCUGAUAUUGUGGGGAGAAUAGUGGAGGAUCUUAAGGAUGGGAGUGAACCAUACAGGCGAAUGGUCAUGGAGACAAUUGCGAAGGUGGCUGCAAACUUGGGGGCUUCUGACAUUGAUGCUAGGUUGGAAGACCUCUUGAUUGAUGGAAGUCUUUAUGCUUUCCAAGAGCAGACCAGCGAUGAUGCUAAUGUGAUGCUUAAUGGUUUUGGUGCAGUUGUGAAUCAAGCUGCAGAUCUUAUUUCAAGGGUUGCAGUUGUCAUGAAGCAGUGUCACGAAGAACAACUUAUGGAUCAUAUUGGCAUUGUCUUGCACGAGUAUUUGGGGGAAGAAUACCCUGAAGUUCUUGGCUCCAUUUUGAGAGCUCUGAAGGCAAUUGUCAAUGUCAUUGAUAUGACAAAGAUGACUCCUCCAAUUAAGGAUUUGCUUCCUAGGUUGACACCAAUUUUGAAGAACAGGCAUGAAAAGAUGCAGGAGAAUUGUGUUGAUCUGGUUGGUCGUAUUGCUGAUCGUGGUGCGGAGUUUGUUUCAGCUAGGGACUUGAUGAAGAUUUGUUUCGAGUUACUUGAGAUGAUUGAAGCCCACAAGAAAGGGAUUCGGCGAGCCACUGUCAACACUUUUGGUGUGUCAGAACCUAAUGUUCAAAAUGGUGUCUUGAAAUCCCUUUCUUUCCUGUUUGAGUACAUUGGCGACAUGGGAAAAGACCAUCUUUAUGCUGUGACUCCAUUGCUUGAAGAUGCCUUCAUGGAAAGAGAUUUGGUUCACAGGCAGACUGCUGCAUCAGUCGUAAAGCACAUAGCUCUAGGUGUUGCUGGGUUAGGAUGUAAGGAUGCAUUGGUUCCCUUGCUGAAUUAUGUAUGGCCUAACGUAUUUGAGACUUCUCCUCAUGUCAUAAAUUCUGUCUUUGAAGCUAGUGAAGGAAUGAGGGUGGCUUUGGGCCCUGAAAUUCUGCUAUUACUGUCUCGAGGGUCUAUUCCAUCCUGCCCGGAAGGUUAGGGAAGUGUACUGGAAGAUCUACAACUCUCUAUAUGUUGGAUCUCAAGAUGCUUUUGUGGCUGCUUAUCCAAUUCUGGAGGGUAAGAAGAAGAACAUAUAUAGUAGGUCUGAGUUAAUGAUGUUUGUGUAGAUUUGGAGUUUAGAUGAGGGCUGAUGCAUUCUGGAUCUCAGCUAGACUCGGCUGGAGCCCUUUCCUCAAAAUUGUCCCUCAUAAUAAAAGUAACUGAGUCAG